AUGUUUUCUUUGUAUAUAUUUGUUUUGCAAUGGGAGGCUGGAGGUGGGGUUGUAGGUGACUGUCUUCCUGCUGCUGGUAUUCCUGAAAGUGGCACAACCAGUGAUAGCGGCCGGAGACAGUGUGGGGACAGAGACAUGCUGAUCGAAGAGCUGCAUAAGAGCCCGAGAGGCGAGGGUGGCGAGGCAGGGGGAACCUACGAGAAUGGUGGAGGUGGCAUGGAGGAAGGUGCUGGAGGACACGACCCAAACCUGCAGGGAGGCGCCGGAGGGGAAAGUGUAGAUGGGGACUCUGAACCGCCCACAUCUAUCAUAGUCACCAACCUUACACUGGAAACCUUCGAGCAGCAAGUGGAACGCGAGAAGUUUGAAUCCCUCUUCCAUGAAAUUGAUGAAAUGGUUAAUUUCCAAUACUUCAAGAGCUUCAGAAGAGUGCGGGUUAACUUUGCUACAGCUGAGCAAGCUACCAGAGGUCGAGAGAAAGUUCAUUUGACUGAAUUCAAUGGUGAGACUAUCAAGAGUUACUUUACUCAGCCCAUCAUCCUGGGAAGCAGUCGAGGGGGAGACCCACACUUGCAACCACCAGCACCUGAGAAGCAGUUCCUCAUCUCACCGCCUGCUUCACCCCCAGUUGGCUGGGAGCCUGCUCCAGAGGCAGAACCUGUGGUCAACUAUGAUCUUAUCUCAGCUGUAGCAAACCUUGCCCCAGGUGAAGCUCAUGAGCUGCAUCCACCCAUUGAGGAUAAGCCUGGCAUCAUUGUGCAUGUAUGUGAGGAAUGCCAGAUUUGUGAUCAUCAAGGAGGAGCCAGACCCAGGAUCACCCAGACCCGCAGACCACCCACUUAAUGCAUCAUUCAGUUUAACCCAAUAGCUUAUAGUUUUGUGGGAUGGGUGGGCUCUAUACAAUUUACUGGGAGGAUGGUGUGAGAACGCCUUAAGGGUUUCCAGACCUAGGACACCUGACAAUCCUCCAUGUGGUGGCUCAGAGCUAGGGUCUGCCAAAACAUUGUCUCUUGAGCUUGCUGAAAUGGGGAAAGUCCUGCAAACUUUACUCAGAAGCCUAUUUUCUCACCGAAGAAGUAAUAUAUGUCUAGUAGCAUAUGUUGAUUGUUCACUACCCAAAUGGUAAUUAGUAAGAAGCUGAUAGUCCUCAUACUCUAUUUAUGCAUUGUGUAGGUGUAUAAUUCAAGCCAACUUUAUAACUAUACCAGUGCCUCCACUAUCUCCCACUUGGCAGAACAGUGCUUAUUACAGCAGUGGAGCUUCCUAAGUUCCUUAAAAUGCCCAUAAUAUUCAAUGCUAAUAAAUUUGUAGAGUACUUGUAUGUAUAUACGUAUGUAAAAGUGCUAUGAAUGUAUGUGUGCAUGCUCAUGUGUGUGUGUAUGUAUUGUAUAUAUUUAUGUAAAGUUAUAAAUUUGUAGUCAGAGAAGGCAAAAAAAGAAAACAUUCAGCAUAAUCAGAUGUAUUUGCUCUACUUAGUAAUCAAGCAUAAUUAGUAAUGCUGUUAAAUAAAUUUAUGUUUUUAAGUCUUUGAAGGUACUUUCGCUUUCCUUUUUUUGUUUUUUUGCAAGUAACUACUAAAUUUAUAGCAACCAACAUUUAAUUAUGCAAAUUGAAUUCCACACUUGGGAAGCUCCAUUGAAUGCUUGAGGUAUAUUUCAGUUGUAUAUGUUAUAAAGAAAUGUGGUUUCCAUAUUUUGAAAAUAGUAUAUAGAUUUGUAAUUUAAGCUUACUUUACAGUCAGUGCAAUAUGGAUACAUAUAAAAUUGUACAGUCUAACAUAUUUUUCUGUAAAGUCUAUGUGACUAUGCCAAUACUAGUCGUUAGUUUUAACACAAUGUAUGUGGAACAUGGGUCAUGAUAGAUGUAUGUUGUGCUGGGCUCCUCAUUGUUGUGUUGAUGGCUCCAUCCUUACCCCAUAGCACUUUUGGGUCAUCCAUCACAUAUACACAUGUUGAACUCUCCUUUUCACUUGCACUUCUUCACUUAUAAGUUUUUCCAAGUUCGGAGAAAUCCCUUUUCUGUAUUUUAUUGAUAUAAUGGGACAUGACUUGGAAUAAUAUAUAAAGGCUAUUUCUGUUUAGUAUGUAUUCCAAGUAAUACAAUAUAAAUAUGAGAAUUGUUCCAAUUGGAUUUGGGAAAUAUAAUUGAGACAAUUUUAUAAUCUAAUUUAAAUCUAAAACAAAAGCUUUACCUGAGGUUUAUUUUUAAAUAAUUACCAUCAUGAUGGGAUAUAUUGUAGAACAAAAAGGAGUUACUUCUGUAAUUUUGAUCUCUGUCGUUAUUGACCGUGACGUAAAGGAGUAGUUAUUAUUAGAAUUUGGCACCAUAGACAAAUUCAAUUCCAUAACAAUAAAUUUGUAAACCUUU